UUUUGGAUAGGGCAGUUUCUAGGCUAGGGGUGUAUUGUCUAGGAUCAGUGAAUAGAGAUGGAAAUGUGUUAGCCUUCAGUAAACAGUCAUAGCGAGAGUUGUCGCGUUUUUGAAUGAGGGGACCCUAGUAGUAUUUUUGCUCACGGGACCCAGUUCCACCAUUAGCGUACCGAGUCUCGGGGUUUAUCAAGCUAAAUGAGGUUCAGCGGAGUUUCCUCCGCAGAAGCCGAGCAGAGGCACACGGAUACCCCGUGUCGGCGAGAGAGAAGAUUCGCAAUCCUAGUCCGGUGUGUCCGCUCGGAAAGUACACUCCACGGCGGAUAGUCCCGGUCCGGGCAUUUGGAGGGAUAGGCGAGAGGGGAGUGUCUCUCUGUCUAUUGAUCUGAACAGAUAUCAUUUACUCCAACGCAAGGCUCGGUUCCAAAAUCAGGUGGACAGUAUGUUCCAGCUCCCCGUCAACAACCUGGGCAGCCUCCGUAAGGCCCGCAGGAACGUGAAGAGAGUUCUUGGAGACAUCGGGCUGGAGUACUGCAGAGACCACAUCGAGGACUUUAAAGACUUCGUCCCUAAUGAGUUCUACAUCAAGCACACAACCUGGGAUGACGUGUGCAUGUGGGAACCGUCUCUCACCAAACCCCAGGACUACCGCUCCAAGCCCUUCUGCUGCUCCGGCUGCCCCUUCUCCUCCAAGUUCUUCUCCGCCUACAAGAGCCACUUCCGGAACGUCCACAGCGAGGACUUCGAGAGUCGCAUCCUCCUCAACUGCCCUUACUGCACCUACAACGGCAACAAGAAGACCCUGGAGACACACAUCAAGCUGUUCCACAUGCCCAACAACGCCGUCCGGCCCGGGCCCGGUGCAGGGGGCGUGAUGGCGGGGGGGAUGAUCAAGGAUGGCCUGAAGAGGACGGGAGACAGCAUCGAGCAGGCCGUGUACUACUGCAAGAAGUGCACAUACCGGGAUCCGCUCUACAACGUGGUGCGCAAGCACAUCUACAGGGAACACUUCUCUCACGUGGCCCAGCCGUACCUGGUGAAGCCCGGGGAGAAAACCGGCACGCCCAAUGGCGGUGCAGCAGAGAGCAACGCCAACAGCAACACCAUCCACUGCAAGCGCUGCCUGUUCGUGCCCCGAACCUACGAGGCGCUGGUGCAGCACGUGAUCGAGGACCACGAGCGGAUCGGGUACCAGGUCACCGCCAUGAUCGGGCACACCAACGUGGUGGUUCCCCGUGCCAAGCCCGUCAUCAUGGUGUCCCCCAAGACUGCCGGCGACAAAGGCAUCAUCGGCGUCACGCCCAAAGGCUCCCUGGUGACGGCAGGCGGGGUGCGUCCGCUCACCGCCCAGCAGCUUAGUCGGAUCGUCAUCCCCAAGUCCGGCCUCGGCUCCGCGGGGCUCCUUGCCGGGCUGAAGCAGGGUGCGCUUGGUUUGAAACCCGGGACGACCCAGUCGUUCUCCAUCGGUGGGCAGCAGGUGAGGAUCACGCUGCCGGGAAACGCCCAGGUGUCGGUGCCCCAGCAGUCACAGGCGGCGAAGCAGCUGUUGCCGGGCGGGGCGCUGCGGAGCCCCAUCGUCGUCGGUGCCUCCACGUCUGCCAUCAAGGCCACCCAGCUGACGUCACGCGUCCAAGCUGCCGCUACGACGGUGGCCUCCGUCACCGCCAAGAAGGGCGGAUCCUCGGUCCUGGGCACCUCCUACACCCAGAAGUGGAAGAUCUGCACCAUCUGCAACGAGCUGUUCCCCGAGAACGUCUACAGCUCUCACUUCGAGAAGGAGCACAAGGCGGAGAAGGUGCCAGCUGUGGCAAACUACAUCAUGAAGAUCCACAACUUCACCAGCAAGUGUUUGUACUGUAACCGCUACCUGCCGAGCGACACGCUGCUCAACCACAUGCUGAUCCACGGCCUCUCCUGCCCGCACUGCCGCGCCACCUUCAACGACGUGGAGAAGAUGGUGGCCCACAUGCGCCUGGCACACCCUGACCAGACCGUGGGCCCUCGCACCGACUCCCCGCUGACCUUUGACCUCACAUUGCAGCAAGGGAACCCCAAGAACGUCCAGCUGAUCGUCACCACCUACAACAUGAGGGACGCACCUGAGGAAUCCGUGGCCUUCCACGCCCAGAACAAUGCCUCUUCCUCCACCUCCGCCGUCCCAACCGCCACGCAAGGCAAGAGGGCGAUACCCCAGCAGCCGCCAAAACUCACCCCCGACUCCCCCGAAGACUCACCUCCCAAGAGUGCCCCGCAAGCCGCCGUUCCGUACAAGAAGGACGUGGGUAAGACCCUGUGCCCGCUCUGCUUCUCCAUCCUGAAGGGGCCCAUCUCCGACGCCCUGGCCCACCACCUGCGGGAACGGCACCAGGUCAUCCAGACCGUCCACCCGGUGGAGAAGAAGCUGACCUACAAGUGCAUCCACUGCCUGGGGGUGUACACCAGCAACAUGACAGCCUCAACCAUCACGCUGCACCUGGUGCACUGCCGGGGCGUGGGCAAGACCCAGAAUGGCCAGGACAGCCGGCCGGCGCCCUCGCCUCGCGUUGCCCAGGCGCAGGGCACCGCACUGAAGCGGGCCGGCUUCGAGCAGGGAGACCCCAACGACCCCAAACGGCGGAAGCUGGUGCCGGGCGACCAGACAGUGCCCUUCGUAGAGGACCCCAACGACCCCGUGGUCCUGGCGCUCGACCCCAAAGGUCACGAGGACGAGUCGUACGAGGCGCGUAAGGCCUUCCUCACACAGUACUUCAAUCGGGAGCCGUACCCGACACGGCGUGAGGUGGAGAAGCUGGCGGCCAGCCUGUGGCUGUGGAAGUCAGAUAUCUCCAGCCAUUUCAGUAACCGCAGGAGGAAGUGCAUGAAGGACUGCGAGGGCCAGAAGGCCAGCGUGCUGCUGGGCUUCAACAUGAGGGAGCUAAGCAGGCUCUCCCACGAGCUCUCCUUCGCCCCGGCCUGUGCUUACGAGGCGCCUGAGGGGGCGGAGACUAAAAGGACCUCCGGAUCCUGCAUAGGCCGGUCCGAGGGGGCCUUGCUGCGGUUACAGGAGCAGAAUGCGGCCAACAAUACCGGUGCCGCGGCGGAGGAUGGACUGGGAGCCAAAGGCGCUCAGACGGACCAAAACGAGACGGUCGGAAGCUCGUCGGAACAGAAGCCGCCCCGGCUCGUCUCGGAGCCCAUCGCCAUCGACUCGGACAGCGAGGAAGACGAGGAGGAGGAAGAGGAGGAUGAGACGGGGGGAGAGGAGGAGGGGAACCCUGUGGGUGACGACAUGCUGCCGGGAGGUGGAGACGUAGAGCCGGAGCCUCAGUUGAUCUCCGACCUGGACGGGUCAGAGUCUGAGGACGAGGAGGAGGACGAGGAGGAAGACGAGAGCCACCAGGAGAACGGCUUCGGGCCGGCAGAAACUCCGGCUGAGGGGAAGGAGAUCCAGGCCGAUGCCGGCUCCAAACUCAGCCCGACCGGGAGUGGAGGAACCAGAGCCCAACUGGGUAAACAGUGGGUCUGACAUGCGGACACAGAGACCCAUGCCAACAACGCUGCCUCUCUUGAACAGACUUGCUGAGUGUGUUGGGAGUGAGCAAGGUGGACGUCCGACUCUCUCAGCUCCAUCAAAGCCAUCCGACGACCACUGAACCCGUCGUGUCAAAAGGCCAACAAAGAGCUGCUUUGUAGUGUCAAGCAGCCAUGAUAGAUGUAUGAUUUUUUGAACAAAGUUUAAAUUUUCUCUAAACGAGGGAAGUGGAGGAGAAAACACACUGAAGAUACACCAAACAAUAGAUUUUUUCUGCCUUCUAUUUACUUUACUAGAAAGUUGAGAUUCAAGUACAUCUUGUUCGUUUAUAAGCCACUGUGGCUAAAAUGUCGAGUCAUAACGAGUUACUAGCUUUAGGCAGAAAAGAAAAAGUAGAAAAUCCUUAAUUUUUCACAGUUGAUGCAGGGGGGGAAGGAUAGUGUAUAUUUGUACAGUCUUUUAGACAGUUGUGAGGUGAGCUGGCGGUAGAUGUACUAAAAAAACGACAAAAAAGAUUUGCUAUUCUCUGUUCACUUUAGUUUCAUCUGUUCUCCAUUGGUUUGCUCGAAGAUAUGUGUCGCUUUGGUGGCUGGAACUUUGUUGAUUUUGCUUAUUUUAUAACAAGAAACAUUGCAUUUUUUGCUAAAUAAUAAUAUAUCUAUAUAUAAAAAUGCAAAUGAAACGAACAUAAUCGGUUGCUUUUGUUGUUGUUUUUUCCUGCUGUUGGGUAUAAUUAUACUUUUUUUUAUUUUGCUGUAAAAAUGAUUUAGGUUCUAUUGAAAAGAAGAUUCCCUCUCCUUCAUAACCUCGCAGCUUCCUCUUUGUUAAAGUAUCGGGGCAUCUGUGGCCCUGCGCUUUGUGUCUUAGAAGUGUUGCUCUGUCUCCAAAUCCUUCUACUUAACAUUAUUUUGCCCCACCCUCGCCUAAGACACAGAUUGCGCGAGCGUCUGCUAUUGAUAUGACUUGUGUUUAAUUUGUGAUCUUAAAUUUGUGUGUAUUUGUUUUUGUUUUAUUUUAAUUUUUCACUUAAGCAUUUAUGAACAAUAAAGUGCUGUAUCGUGCUUCUCACAGC